CAUGCUGCACAUAAACCAUGCAAGACAAGGAGGUGAUGAGCGUCUGAAAGGCUCCAGCUCAGUGGGACACAGCACGAUAACCGCUGCACAGCAGGAAAACACUUUCGGGGGCAGAAAGUGGAGUCUGGAUAUUUGCUCGAGCUGCAUUUCUUUGAGAAAAUGAGCCGUGUUGUUCCCACGGGGAGGAUUCUGAAUGACAAAGUGGACUCCAGUGAAGGUGUGGAUUCAAGCUUUGCCAAGGAGGAGAUCUCACAUCCAGACCACGAGGAGCAGACCAACAAGCGGCCCCUCUCAUUUCUCCUCCCUCUCCCUCGUCUUCAGUCAUCUUUACCUUCGCCGGCAUGCCCUCCAUCAGAUCAGGUCUAUCUGCAGGCAUCAGCCAUUUUCCAGCACCUGCGCGAGGAGAAGCCGGUCCCACUUCAACAUCUGCACUACGGGAGGAAGGCGGACCUGCCACGGGCCGAGAGCGGGGACAAACCCGGUCAGAGACGGGCCUACCAGCUCGCCUUCGACACCCUCAAAUACCAAGAUCUACUCGAAGACAUCAUCACUGACAGCUGCUUCCACAUCUCUCAGCAUGUUACAGCCGACUCGUUGCCUUUGGCGAUGGUGAUGCUGUUCGACCUCCAGGACCGAAGGUUUUUGUUGCGUCAACGAUCAACGAGUGCGGGAGACGACCCUCUACAGGAAGUCAGGGACCUGGAGAGGAGUCUGCACAGGUGUAAGACCAAACUGACAGCAUCCCUCGCUCGCUGCAGAGUGAAACUGAAUCUGCAGAGCGUCUCGUGCUUUCUGUCUGAUCCCGUCAGGACCAAACAGCAUCGAGCAAAACGUCUGCCACUUUACGCGUGGGUCAAUACACUGAAGGCCGGUGUUGAAGAAGUGUGUGACGCGUUGCUCGCCGCUGGCUGGUGUGAAGGGACGAACGUGACUGACCUCGAGGACCCGACGUUCUGCCGGGACCCUCUCUGUCCAGACACACUGGUCUUCUCCCAACCGCUUCGCGCUCCGCUCCAGCACAGCGGCCUCGCCGCCGCACACAUGCUGAACACACAGGACAGGAGUGUGUGUGUGGCAGUGAGUGCCUUACGCCCCCUGCUGUUUGACAACGGGGACGUCCUGGUGGUGGGGUCUUUCUCAGCCGGGACUGUGGCUCACAUAGCUGUUGUGGCCACUGCCCGCUCAGGCCGAGUGUUGGUGUGUGGUUCCGACCACACUUCUUCACAGGUCGAAGAGAUUCAGGAACUGCUCCAAGAAAUGGACAUCAAGAACGUGCGCAUCCUGUCAGAAGCCUUCUGCAGUUUGAAUGAGUGGGACGCCAGCGUCCAGCGUUUGAAGGUCAUCACCGUGCUUCCUCUGUGUUCGUCCUCUGCCCUCAAUGACCCUGUGCCCACGAUGCACAGUGAACAUGGAGACUGGGAACUACUACCAGACUUGUCUCACGGUUCUGUAUCCCAGCGCAAAAUACACAAAAUGGCCUCCCAGCAGGCGCGACUAUUAGCGCACGCUCUGACCUUCCCGAAGGUUCAGACAGUGGUCUACUGCACACGCUCAGUGUAUCCUGAGGAAAAUGAACAGCUGGUGAAAAGAGUGUUGGACAAAACACACACUCACCACAAACUGCUGCCAUUCAGGGUGAACGGUCCAAUUUUCCCCGAAGACUCGGUCCAGUCGGGAGACGCGACGGACUCCAAGUUCUUCAGGCUCGAGCCAUCUGAGUUCACCAACGGCUGCUUUAUAGCCAGACUGUCCCGACAGAUGGAUCCCACUAAGGUGGAAACAGUCCAGGAUGUGCUGGCGAGGGCAGCGGCGAAGGGCCUCCUGGGUGGAAUGAUUCCUGAACAAUUAAAAACUGGGAAAAGGGGAAAAGGCAAAGAGAGUCUUGAGGAGAGGCGGGCAGGAGGAGUGCUCGUGAACGAACGAGAUCCACUCGCACCCUCGGAACACGAGGCGGAGAAAGGUGAUGGAGAGGUGAAGCUUUGCGAGAACGAAGAGGGGUUGGACAAGGAGGAAGAUGAAGGGGGGGAUGAAGAAAAGAAGAGGGGGACGUUGAAAGGGCGCAAGCGAAAGCUCAAACAACGACCGAAGCAAGUCUCCAAGCAUCACCCUCAAAACCAGAAGAAGAAGGAAGCGAAGAGAAAGGUCAACCCAUCACACCACAACAGGCGUCUGACAAAAAGUAAACAAAGACGAAUACCUCGUCUCACGCUGACGCUCAUGUCCUCUGCAAAGACAUCCAGCCACUUGUCUCCAAUCGCAGCUCUGGCGCACAGGCUGAGUGAAGGCCCACUGAUUCAAUCACAACAGACCGUCUCAAGCGGUGCCCCGUCGUCUGCCGGGAAACGCCCCUCGCCUGCUCGCACCGCUCCACCCACUCCCCCUGCAGCCUCCAAGCAGGUGCAGAGACGAAACGCGCAACCUGAGGGAGACGACGCGAGAAGAAAGGAUGGGGAUAAACCAGUCGGCCCUCUUAAGGCCCGGGGAAAGGUCAGGACGGAGGGAGCAUUGAAGGCCGCGGACUCCGUCUUUCCACCCAUCCCCUCCCCGUCCUCUGGCAGGAGUCGUCGCUCUCUGUCCCGAACCUCCCGCUCUCAGCGCGUCAACAUGUCCACACCCUCGUCCUCGGUCUCUCUGCCUGGAUUAUAGACACGUGGGGGAUUACGGUCACCGCUGUUGUGCUCAGCUCAGUGGUUGGUGUAUUCUGUCACCACGGUCACGGUCAUCAUACAAUAAGUUUCUCCCAAGUAAAUUAGCUUCAAGCACUUUGAAACAAUGAAAUCAAUGUAUGUCAUGUAGUAUGGACAUUUUCUUUUAGAGAUGCACAAAGAAAGAAUGCAUUAACCCCCUGCAUGAGCCUUUCAGCCGGUGUCCUUAUAGAUAUAAUUAAUCGUAGAGGAAUUAUCUUCUUUACGUUUCUUCAAGUAAAAUCGUCUUUGGUUGAACUGCUCACAACUUGUGUUUUGAGAAUAUAUUGAACGGAUGAGUGAUGGAGCUUGACUGACAUGUUGGUUUUGUUCCUAACCGGACUGAUCUGUUCUUGGAUUGUUUGAAUGUAGGUUUGUAUUUAUUUUUCGAUAUUUGUUUCGGUUGAAUUUGUGGUUCUCCGGUUAACCACAAAGCUAUUGUCCAGGGGGUAGGACUAUGUUUCUGCCUCAUCCCUCUUCUCUUCGAGCAUUAAUUGCGUAAUUCAAAAUUUUCCCUGGGAUUUUGUUAAGGCUGCUCACGUUUUGGUUUUAGGUUGUGUUUUUCCCAUUUUCUUGCUUUUAUAUUUUAUGUCACCGUUAAAAAAAGAAAAUGAAUCAAUAAAAAUAUUAUUACUUGAAGCCCUAAUGCACAAACAGACAAGCCAACAGACAAAGCCAAGUGGUGUGUUUUAUAAUGCUGUUUAUUCUCACAAUUGGUUACAUUGAUAAAGUGUACAAAUCAGUGAGCGGCAAACAGAAGCCAACACAUCCAUCUGUGGGAAAUGGAGUGUGUGUUUGUUGCUGUGGUUUAUGUGUGUGAGCUUGACAGAGAUGCCGGGAGUCCACUGCUGUUUCCAUCAUCUUCCUCCUCCUCCUCCUCUUCCGACCAGCAGUGGACCUCCAGCCCUCAGGACACUGUACAAGGUGAAGAUAUAUUUCCUUUAUCUGUCCAUUUCUGUAAAGCGGAGCUUGUUGUAGCAUUGUGAGUUAACCAGGGACUGAGACAACGACACCGAGUCCAGACAUUUUACCUGCCUCAACUAAUAAAAUCAGUAUAUACCUUUAUAAAAUAGAAUAAAUAAAAUAAAAAAUAUUUCUGUUCAGUACAUACAGUCGCUCUUUCAACCGUCAAAGGGCAUGCAAGGCUUUUUACGACUUUCCAUUUCUUGAGAUCAAAAGAAUGCAUAGAUAAUUUGCUCAAUUAAAUUCGGCAUCAACUUAAUUGACAACUGUGAAAUAUUUCCCAAUCGCCUCUCCUGUUUUCAUUAUUUGCUCUCGUAUUUUUCUUAUCUACAACAACGUAUAUCUGUAUUUUACACUUUGGCCAUUUGGUGAGUUCUUAAAAAAAAGAAGAAAAAAAAGGCAUUUCAUUUUAAGAAAAUAAUGGAAAACUGAAGACAUUCAAAAAUGAAAAGAUAGCUUAUAACAAUGAUUAAUGCCAAAGGUUACAUUGACUGUAUACUAUGUACACAACAGAGUUUAGUCAUCUCAUUCACAUUUCAACAUCCUCGUGACAAAAAGAAAGUGAUGCGGCUGAGUUUUCUCUACUAAAUCUCAACGACACUCCUAGUUCCUUCUUUUGUAUAUUAAAUGUGGAGUUUAAUAUUAACACGGACAGCAAUCAUCAGC